UACCAGUACUAGUUCGAGGAUCGUAACUUUUUCUACAGACGAACGAACCUCGUGGUAUCUGCUUAUGGGAAAUACAGCAUUCAGGGAAAUUGAUUCUGUACGUUACCGCUGUCAGAUUUCAAAAUGUAAACAAAUAAGGUUGAGUGAAGGUCGAUGUGCCAAAGGUGAAGAAAGUGGAUUAAUCCAUUAAUUCAACAACUACGAGCGCUAAGUACAUUCAUUUUAUAUAUCGCCACACGGUGAACGUCAAAAAUUAUGGAUUCCAUAGCGAAUAAUGGCGCAGUCCAAGAGAACAACUUUGGUGCAAAACUUGGUCAAAACAGUAUUAUCCAACCACUGUUAACGGAUUUAUAUCAAAUAACAAUGGCUUAUGCCUACUGGAAAACGGGAAAAACCGAAGGUAAUGCAGUGUUCGAUUUGUAUUUUCGAAAAAAUCCAUUCAGUGGCGAAUUCACUAUUUUUGGUGGUUUGGAGGAAUGUUUGAAGUUCCUUGAAAAGUUUCGAUAUUCAGACAGCGAUAUACAUUAUCUCAGGCAAAUAUUACCAGCCUCAGUUGAAGAAAGUUUCUACGAAUACCUCAAAACACUUUCGGCUGAGAAAAUCAAAUUAUAUGCUGUGAAGGAAGGGACUGUUGUGUUUCCUCGUGUCCCACUGAUUAGGGUAGAGGGACCCUUGAUAGUUGCUCAACUGCUCGAAACCACACUGUUGAAUCUUGUAAACUAUGCUAGUCUUAUGGCUACAAACUCUGCAAGAUAUCGCCUAGCAGCGGGAAAAUUGAAACUUUACGAAUUUGGCUUGAGGAGAGCGCAAGGACCAGAUGGAGGCCUUUCAGCUUCUAAAUAUUCAUAUAUUGGAGGUUUUGAUGGAACAAGUAAUGUAUUAGCGGGAAAACUGUUCAACAUUCCUGUGAAAGGUACUCAUGCUCAUUCAUAUAUCACAUCAUUCAGUAGUCUCGAGGAACUUAAUACUAGGCUGCUGACCCCUAGUCAAGGCGGAGGUCCUAAGGAUUUUGUAGAGAGUGCACUGAAGUGGAGAGAAAUCAUUGCUUCUCUGUUCAAUAUUGUUUUAUCCGAAGUAAGCGACGGAGAGUUUGCUGCUUUUAUAUCCUUCGCAACAGCUUUUCCCAAUGGCUUCAUGGCACUUGUUGAUACUUACGACGUUAAACGCAGUGGACUUCUGAACUUCUGUGCUGUUGCACUUGCUUUGAAUGAUUUUGGCUACAAAGCUUUGGGUAUCAGGCUGGAUAGUGGUGAUCUAGCUUACUUAUCCAGAGUAGCGAGAGAUUACUUUCAGAGAAUCAGUUGUGAAUUCAAGAUACCUUACUUCAAAGAUUUGGCAAUAAUGGCUUCUAAUGACAUCAAUGAAGAGACUAUUCUGAGUUUGAACGAACAGGGGCAUUGUAUUGACUCCUUUGGUAUUGGAACCCAUCUAGUUACCUGUCAAAAGCAACCUGCCCUUGGUUGUGUGUACAAGUUGGUGGAAUUGAAUGAAGAACCUCGCAUAAAACUGAGUCACGAUAUGGCCAAAGUCACUAUUCCAGGUAAAAAGAAUGUUUUCAGAUUGUACGGUAACACUUUUUCCCUGAUAGAUUUACUGCAAAGAUCAGAUGAAGAUCCACCGAUAGUUCAGCAGAAAGUGCUCUGCAGGCAUCCUUUUGAAGAAUCUAAAAGAGCUUAUGUAAUACCAUCGAAGGUGGAGAACUUAUUGGUCUUGUUCUGGAACGAUGGUAAAAUCUGCCAGCCCUUGCCGAAUCUUCAAGAGAUUAAGGAAAAUGUCAACAACUCCCUGAAGAUUUUGAGGCCUGAUAUCAAAAGAAGCUUGAAUCCAACUCCCUAUAAAGUUUCAAUCACUGAAAGUGCUUUGUUCCAAUCCAAAGCUAGUUAUAUUAAAACUAUUAGGUAAGUUAUUGUAUUUUAAGUUAAGAAGGGGUAUACUUAAAUAGAUUACUUUUGUUACAAGUGACAGGCUCUUUCAUUUGAAAAACCGAAAACAGGGUAAAUAUGCAAGAGCGGCAGUUUUUUCUGAAAUACCACGGCAACAUAUCACUAUUUGUAUUGAAUGAUCACAGGGAAUUUGAAUAACUGAAAACAAUUGGAAGAAUUUGUAUGCCUCUAUUAAUCAUAUUUUGGUAUUCUAUAGAUAUAAACUGGUCUCUUUUAUCUACCUGGUAAAUGAAUUAUUAUGAUUAACACUGGAAACUGCUUUUUCCAUUUGCAUUUUGAGGCUACAAAUAUUCUAAUUUUUCAUGAAUUGCUUACUUUUACAGCGGCAUGUCUCUAAAUUUUGUAUUUCAAAUAUCUCCUCAAACACAAACUUAUCUGAUAAAAAUACCUUCCAACAAUAUAUUUCUGUUCAAUAUUUAUAAUUUCAAAUAAUGAAUAUAGGGGUUCUUUCCAUUAUUACAAAAUUCCACCAUUCAAUUCUGUUUUUGAGGAAGAUAAAUAGGGUUGAUUUUAUUGAGGAUAUUUGAAAUAGACAAAAAUAAUUCAAUUGUUCAAUUAUUCCUGGGUAAACUCAUAUAGGUAGAUGAAUGCUUACUUUAACAAAUAAUUUUUGGUGGCGCCACUGACUUGCAUGAGAAACCCAUAUCAAUUGGGAAUUAAGAGGAAUAUAAAACAACAAAAAAUAGUAAACCUAUCGAAAAACAAUUACAAUUUGUUUUUUGAUAUUGUUUUUGAUUCCUCUAGGACAUUGUCCUGGACUCGAAACGAUAUGAUAAAAUGCUUUCAGUUUUCCAAACUUGAAGCUUGGGAUUAAUCUUGUAAAGAUUUUAGAGUAAGCAAUAAUGAGCAAUGGAAAUAUUCUUUCUUUUCCUGGACAGUGAAUAUAUUUUAUAAGAUAACCUGCUUGUUUCUGCCAUGGUCACAAACUUGUAAGUGCCUCAUUCACGCAAAAAUUUUGAAAUAAGCUUAAGAAAGGUAAUUUUGAGAUAUUCACGAUCAAAUUUAUACCAGUUUGAGUAGCACAAUGAAAUAUUUGCACAAUAUAAAAAACGUUAUUUUGGACUAAACGGAUAUAUUAAUGAAGUAGCAGCAAUUUUUGUAAACACUUUCAAAUUUCUAGACAUUUUUCAGAUAUUGUUAGAGAAAUUAUGUACUUCUAGUUUCGUUUGUGAGAAUAGAUUUAUAUAAUAUACGCUUUAAUAAAUUUUAGGAAUUAGAGUUCAAAAAACUCUUUUCCCAACAUAUGUUUUAUGAGAUCUUAUACAUAAAAAUAUUAUUUUCUUAAGUUACAAGAAACAUGCAAAUGUAGAGACAUUGACGCAUCCGUCCAAGAAAUAAAUAAAUAUAAACAAGUAACUUUUUCCAAGAUAAGAUGGCAUUUAUUAGAAUAGUGAUGAAGAAAUGGUUUGGGUAUAUUUUAUUUGUUGUUAGGGAAGAAAUAUGAUAAAAUGAGCAACAUUUUCUGAAAUUUCAAUCUCUGAUUCAAUAUUCUUUGUUUCUUAGUUUUUCAAUUGCCUGAUUUGCUAAUGUUACAAGCGAUCUGUUGACUCAAAAACACGAAUAAAAAUUAUUGUUGCAUGAGACGUUCAUCUUGUGAUACUAGGAGAGAUAUAAAAUUUUCAACUACUUUGAAAUCUUGGAUAUAUGUUUGCUUAUCUAGCAAAAAAUCUAUUGGUGAAAAUUUGAAAUGUAGUAUGAGCUGUUCCUAAUUACUGUCAUUUUUAAACGUUUAUUUUUAUACAUUUCCAAUAAUUUUAAAGUGACGUUAACUAGUUUUUUUACUGUGGUUCUUGGUUAACCUAUUCUCGUUAUUCAUAAAACAUAAUAAAUAUAGAGGACACUUUCAAUUUGUUACCUUAUUGAUGUAAUAGAUGACAUCGAAUUAAACUGUUUGACUUUUGAGAAACCAUGAAAAAAAAACUAUGAAAUUUUCGAGGUGAUUAUUAUUGAAUAAUUAGACGAAAAUACACUUUAGAAACAUGCAAAUAGAGUAAUGACCCCAUACAGUUGGCUCCCAACAGUUGUAAUACAAUUUCUUGUGUAAUAUUGUACAGAGCUAUUUUCAAUUUGAAACUGAAAUUACUCCUCACUUCAAGAAAUUUCCUAAAAAAAUAGAUUACUUUGAAACUAAAAUAAUUUUACCUUCAUGAGACGUAAAAUUGUAGAAUAACUUUUUUUUUCUUUUAAUGGUCAUCUUUCAUUUUGGAAAAAUAACAAGAAAAAAAAGGAUGAAAAAUGUGUAGUUGAACAUGAAACCCAUGGACAAAAAUAUGUAGGUCAAGAUCAAAUGUUGAAAAAAUAUGUAGAUCAAGAUCAAAUGUUAAGCUAAAUUGUGGUAAUUAUUUUUAAAUUCUACUAGAUGAAGCAAUACGAAAUAUGAAAAAUAACAAGAAAAAAAAGGAUGAAAAAUGUGUUAUUGAACAUGAAACCAUAGACAAAAAUAUGUAGGUCAAGAUCAAAUGUUGAAAAAAUAUGUAAAUCAAGAUCAAAUGUUAAGCUAAAUUGUAGUAAUUAUUUUUUAAUUCUACUUGAUGAAGCAAUACGAAAUAUGAAGAUUAAUAAAAAGAAAGUUUCUUUGAACUAUUUUGUUAUAAAUAUGAUGAACGCCACAAUUUUUGUGUUCUCAUUUCUGUUUAUUUGUAUCUUGAAGCGAAAUAAAAAAAGAUUUCAUGUGAUAUUUUUCAACAAAAGUUUGUAUUACCUAAAAUUAUUGAUAUUUUAUGAAUAUAUUGGAAAAACUGUGGUUUUGAGAAAAUGAAAGAGUAAGAUCUUAUGUCAACUUUGAAACUGCUUAAAAAAUAGUUAUAAGAGGAGGAAAGAAUUGAGAACCUCUCUAAAUAUGAAUUUGUAUCAGAAAUUCUGACACACUUGUUGCUCAUUUUUUUCUAUGGACGUCUGUUUUUACAAAACAUUGAUUAUUUAAUGUUACCCUAUUUUUUUUUAUUCUUUGCUCAUCGGUUUUAGAAAUUUUAUUUGUAAAAUGACUUCCUGAACAGGCAACUGAAUAAGUAUGACUUAUAUUUGAUUUAGAAAUGUUUAUUAUUGUUAUUUGAUCUUGGUUUAAAUUGUCUUGCCUCCAAUGUUUAGUUUAAGUACAUAACUGAAUGAUUCACUUUUCAUGAAGCGAAUCGAUGUGUUUCAUUUACUCUAAAAAUGAUUAUUAAUUCCAUAAAUUUGUAUAAUUUUUAUUUGAAAUAUACCAAAAAUUUGCUUGUUAAUUUUGUUUUAUAUUUAGCUUUGUUGAAUUUAUAUUACUGUUACUUAGGUUUAAGUUUUGAAAAAAUUCUUACUUUUGUAUUGGUGUAUUCUUACAUUCCUCACCCAAUGUAUUGAUUGUAAUGAGGAAAAUAUUGAAAUAAAGGAAUGGUUUAUUUCACAGAAACAA